AUGGCGGAAGGGAAAUCCGAGAAAUACCGGGCCUUUCCCCACCAAAACCAUUUACCCGCUUUCGACCCGCCUCAAAAACCAAAAAGAAACAAAUAUGCUCUAGCUUGCUCUUUCCUAGCUUCAAUGACCUCAAUCCUUCUCGGAUAUGACAUAGGAGUGAUGAGUGGUGCAAUCAUUUAUAUCCAACGGGACCUGGCCAUGAAUAAUGUCCAGAAAGAGAUCAUAAUGGGUAUCAUCAAUGUCUACUCUCUACUCGGCUCUGCAGCAGCAGGUCGCACCUCCGACUGGAUAGGCCGCCGCUACACUAUUGUGUUUGCCGGUGCAAUCUUCUUCUGUGGAGCCCUUCUCAUGGGUUUCGCCACCAAUUACGCCUUCCUCAUGGUCGGUCGGUUUGUGGCCGGCAUAGGGGUCGGCUAUGCCCUCAUGAUAGCCCCUGUCUACACUGCUGAGGUGGCUCCUGCUUCGUCCAGGGGAUUUCUCACUUCUUUCCCUGAGGUCUUCAUUAAUAUUGGUGUUUUACUAGGCUACGUCUCCAACUUUGGCUUUUCCAAGCUCUCGGCCCACAUCGGGUGGCGAUUGAUGCUUGGCGUGGGUGCCAUCCCUUCCAUCUUCCUCGCUGUGGGCGUCCUAGCCAUGCCCGAGUCCCCCCGUUGGCUCGUCAUGCAGGGCCGCCUCGCUGACGCUAAGAAGGUCCUCGACCGCACCUCCGACUCCACCCACGAGUCGGCCCUACGCCUCGCCGACAUCAAGGAGGCUGCUGGCAUCCCCCAAGAUUGCCACGACGACGUGGUGGUCCCGACCCCAAAACUCAACAGUGGCAGUGGCAGCGGCGGCGUGUGGCGAGACCUUCUCCUCCGCCCGACCCCAGCCGUGCGCCACAUCCUCAUCUGCGCCGUCGGGAUACACUUCUUCCAGCAAGCAAGCGGGAUCGACUCGGUUGUCCUAUAUAGCCCCGAGAUUUUCGACAAGGCCGGGAUCAAAUCCGACACCGACCGACUCCUCGCCACCAUGGCCGUUGGUUUCUCUAAGACGAUAUUCAUCCUCGUCGCCACUUUCUUGCUCGACAAAAUCGGUCGCCGCCCGUUGCUCCUGUCGAGCGUCGCAGGGAUGUUCAUAUCCCUGCUGAGCCUGGGCCUUGGACUCACUGUCAUCGACCGCGCAGACCACAGGCUCACGUGGGCCGUCGCCCUCUGCAUUGUCGCAGUCCUCUCGUUCGUGGGCUUCUUCUCGAUCGGGAUGGGACCCAUCACGUGGGUCUACAGCUCGGAGAUCUUCCCGUUGCAGUUACGGGCACAGGGUUGCGGGAUGGCGGUGGCGACUAAUAGGGUGACGAGUGGGGUGAUUUCGAUGACAUUUAUAUCGUUGUAUAGUGCGAUUACGAUUGGAGGGGCUUUCCUUAUGUACGCGAGUGUUGUUGCAGUGGCGUGGGUGUUUUUCUACACAUUGUACCCGGAGACGGAGGGGAAGACGCUAGAGGAGAUGGAGGCAUUGUUCGGGACUUAUUGUAAAUGGAGGUCGACGCUUAGGGCGUUGAAUGAGAAGAAGGAUGCGAAUAACGGGCAAGUCCAGAUGGGUUGA